UUCAAAAUGGAAGAAGACGAAUGAAAUCAACUCCGCCAAUUUCAAACUAACAGACGGCAUGAUAAAAUGAAUCCCCAAUAGAUGUACACAAAGAUCAGAUCGCCAUGAAACCAAAGAAAUUUACUUGCUACGACCUUUUCGUAAACCUGAUUUCGUUGAUUACAUUUUUAUUAGACAUCGGCACAGAUGUCUUGGUAGUUGUUGAGUUCUAUGAGGGUGGUCAUAUAGUAUGGGGAAGUUUAUCGAUUGUAUUCAUCUGUUUGCCAGCUAUUGUUAUGCAGUUUUUUAGCAUUAAGUGGUACCACAAUGAUGGAAAACUGACAAUUUGUACAUUUUUACCUCAUUUAUUACUAGUUGGACCAGUUUUCAGGUAUUUGGGUGUUAUUAAAGUUGGAUUAAGAGCCAGACAGAAAGCUGGUGAUGUUUGUAGAGACACCUCUAUAGCCUUUUCACAACAAAAUGACAUCAGUAUAUUGAGACUGAUUGAAGCCUUUAUGGAAUCGGCACCACAACUUGGACUUCAGCUAUAUAUUGUUCUUACUACUCUGCAUAUUGAUUGGCUAACUGGUGUUUCAAUUGCUAGUUCUCUGAUUUCUCUGUCCUGGGCUGUAACGGCAUAUACUGAUGCUCUUCGACUGGCUUACCAGACUGGAUAUUCUAGAAGAUGGUUUGGACUAAUUAUUCACUCGUUAUGGCAUACCUGUAUGGCCUCAGCUAGAAUAAUGGCCCUUGUUUUAUUUUCGGUUGUAUUUAAAGGAUGGAUUUUUUUAGUGGCUGGUACACAUUGGUUGGUGAUGACAAUUAUUAUUUCGGUGCAAGGCACAGAUUUUGGUGAUGGGUGCUUUGAGACUUCCAUGUUUCGAUUAGUAGCUGGUUUCAUCCACAUAUUUUGUUUUUUAAAUGUUAAAGAUGGUCGUACCAGGCGUAGGAUCACAGCAUUUUACUUUCUCAUAUUGCUGGAGAAUUCUGCUCUCUGGACAUUAUGGUUCAUUUAUACCGAUUUACCGGAGUUAGUUACUGUUACUGCUUGUAUUGUUUUUGGUGCUUUUAUAUUAGGAUUAGUAUUUUUAAUGAUAUAUUAUCGAUUUCUCCAUCCAUCUGGUGAAGUUCAUCUGUUUAAUGCUAAACCUACAGUCUAUGAACCUACUAUCAUGCCAUCAACAACUCCGAAACGAGAAAGAAGGGAAAUAUUCAACACGUCUGAUUCUAUUUUGGACUACAAUCAAUCAUGUAACGCCGUCAUUGAUCUCAGUCGAAACUCUCCUGCAGAUGCUAGAGGCCCAUUUGUUCAUUCUGCAGCCAACACGCCCUGUCCUCAAAAUGCUACAGACCGUAAUUUAAUGGCUAUUUGGGAAUCAAGCUCCCGUUCAGCUACAGUUCCUGAUGGUAUUGUUGAUGGUAACCAGAUGAUAAGAACACAGUCAAAUACAUCAUGUGCCACUGAUGAUAUUAUCUAUCAAAAACCGACUUCCCAGCAUAAAGAUGCAGAUUAUAGUAUUGUAUUUAAUGAAGGCACCGAUGGCUUAAUGUUUCGAAUCAGGUCUCAGAAGGAUUUACGGGAGGGUGAUUGUAGCCCAUAUUCCGUCACAAGUCUUUCUGUUCUGAACUCGAAGGCAGGGUCAUUAUCACCAUUAGAUGUUCAUAAACUGUGGGAAGAGUCCAAGAGAAGAAUGUUGGAUUCGCCCCUUUCAAGUCCUUCAUCGACCUCCACCAUCAACAAAUCUUUAUUUGGAAAUCCUGACGGAAUCCGAAGGAUGAGCAGGAGUAGUAGUUCCUCCACAACGUCCUCAAAAUUUUUUGAUGAUAAUAAUAUAACUGUACGAGAAGCCAUGCCUCCUCAAGACGAACCAGCUUUAUAUCAUUGCAGAUCUUCUCCAGUUGUCAUAAAGUCUGAUCAUUCUAGAUAUGUACCAGAUACCUCAACAAUAUCCAUACCCACAGGAUCUGUGUUAAAACUUCUGAAACCACCGAACAAUUCCACUCAGAUUAGAAACAGUCAUCCAGAAUAUCGUCCACAAGGUAAAUAUACUCAUGGCUCCAUUUAUUCUAUUCCUGAAUCGGCAUUGAAUCCCAAUACACAAAAUUAUUUGGAUGAACACUUAUACGAAUAUAUUAAUCGGAAACAUGUUUCUUUUUCAAAAAACUUAGAAGUAGCACCUGAAUAUUCAAGGUUUGAUUAUCCAGUACUAAAUGUCCAGCCUUCAAUUAUGAAAAGCAGAAGUAGCUACGAAUCGAAGCACACAAGUCCAUAUGGAUCCAGCAAUUUAACUAGUGCAAGUCCAUUAAGUCCUCAUCCAAACAGUCCUGUGUCCAACAUUUCAAGUUCAAACAGUUUAGAGGAACCUACAUAUGUCAACAGUAGUGUUUUGUCUGGUAAUUCAUGUUGUAGUCCUAACUUUCCGUUUAUUGAUGAGAGCUGUUCUGAAGCUGGCAGUACCGCUUCGUCCAUCAAACCACCUUGUACUCCUAAAACCUGUUAUAUGUCGGCCGUCACUCAACUGGCUGACAAUGAGGUGGCUGAAACCUUCAAAAUCGGCACUGAGAAGAAUGAAAACCAGAGUGAAAUGAACCAAUACCAGGAUUAUUCUGAAAAUAAUCUUGAGCACAAUAAUUUGGUAAGAAGUGAAGAUGGGCCAGAUUCAAGAAUCCAAAAAGGAUGUCCUCCACCAUAUGCUAUUGCUUGUCAAAGAAGUAAAACACUUUCAUCAAGCAGUGAGAGCAGUUGUCAAGAACCAAAUACUGUAGCUGUAAUGCUCAAUAAGGGAUUCAAUCCAUCAUGCUUUCCCAUUUCAUCUUCAAGGCCAACAGAUUUUGCCUGGAGAUUGGAUUAUCUGAAUAUCGAACCAUCGCCGUCUCUCAGUUUGAAUUCUCAGACUCCACAAAAUACCAUAAUGCAGAAACAACGAACAAAAUACCCCAGCAAACUUAACGUCUCAGACCCUGGUUCCACCCCACUCAAGUUACAAAAUUUUGAUGAAUCUCCAUGUAAAUUUGGUCGAAAUAUUGAUCUAUUUAAAAAAGGAGACUGGGCUUCUGAUGAAUUUGUUCAGUCUUCUCAACAAACUCGUUCCAGAAAACCCAGAGUUGAUAAUUUCAAGAUAACAGUGCUUAAAGAAUCACCCUCGUCACAUAAUCGUUUAGAUAUGUCAGACGGAGAAACUAAGGGAAAUAACUAUGUUGAUCCUAAAGGACUCUCUCCACCCCUGAAAUCCAGUUCUUUACAUUCUUCUUUAGCAAGGAAGCGGUCGAUUUCUCGUCGAAACAGCCAGCGAAAAAAUGAUGAAAACCGUGGACAUUAUGUUAAGGCACAACCUGCAGCAUCAAAAUUUUCAGGUAUUAAGAGACAUAGUGAUUACGUUCAAUAUAGCAAGACGGCAAAAGACAGGCAAAAUGGUCAACCACUUCGUCAACGCAAGCAUAGCGGCAGUAACGGGAACAAUGAGAAUGUAAAUGAUGUGUACAUGGAUGCUAAUCAAGAUAUUCGAGGAUCUAUUCGACAGCCAUUUAAAUCUUUAGAAAAUAGCCCUGGAUUUUCCCCCACAGAUUUUAGAAAGCCAAUUCAUAAAACUCCAAUUUCCAGGUUUAAUGUUACUCCAAAGAAAACAAGUAGUCUAAAUGUUAUAUCAGAUUUUGUUGUGCAUGAAAAACCAAUCCAAAAAUGGGCACACGCUAAUUUGAAUAAAUUAACACCAGAUGGAAAAUCAAAAAAUUCCCGUCAAAAAUCUUCAUAUGCACAUGCGCCAAAUUCUUCACAAAAUCUGUUGUCUAAAUCUCGCUCUAUGGAACAUUUGUACUAAACAAGUUAUUUUUUUUAUUACUCAAUUCAUUUUUUAUGGAUUAAUGUUUAUCAUUUUUAUGUCCAGAAUUUUAUCUGUUUAUUUAUCAUAUAUAUUAAAAGAGAUUGUAGAGUAUUUUGUGGUAUUUGACAGUUUCAAUAUUUUAUUAUUUUAAUUUUAUGUCAUUAUUGAGUACCUUUCAAAAUUUUGUAGUAUUAGAGAGUUUUAAUGUAUUUCUUUAACUUGUAGGUAUUUUUUGGUUAAUUUUUAAAAUAAAAAAUUCUUCUUUCAUUUUUAUUGUAUCAUUCAUCAACUAAUUUCAUUGUCUUAUUUGAUAUCAAAUUGUAAAUAUUGUUUUUCAAUUUUUAGUGCAUGUUUUCUAAUUGUUUUAUAUUAUGCCUGUCAUUUUUGUUAGUACAUCACAAAAUUGUAAGCAAAAAUUAUGAAUAUUGCAAUUUUAGAAAAAUUGGUCCCAAAUGACUGCGCGUAUAUAAUAAUUUAUUAUUUAGUAAGCAAAAAUUAUGAAUAUUGCAAUUUUAGAAAAAUUGGUCCCAAAUGACUGCGCGUAUAUAAUAAUUUAUUAUUUAGUUUGUUUUCAUUUAUAAUUUAGUUUGUUUUCAUUUAUAAUAGGGCUCUCGUUUUUUAUCUAUUCUGCGAUGAAAUUGACUGGCAGAAUAAUUUACCUGUCACUCAAUUUAUUUGCCAUAAAGAAUUUACCCUAAAACACAAAUUACAGUUAAAUGUAUAGCUUUUAUAUCUAAACACUUAUACUCAAUUUCUAAACUAAGAUAACAAUAAAAAAAAAUGAACAUAUUCUGGAAAAAAAAGUCUUACAAACCUGAAAUUAAUGAUAUGUUCAAACAAUGAGCAAAAUUUUAAAGUGAGAGCCUUAGCUAAUUUAUCUUGAAGUAAUACUGUUUUACUGUGCUAGUCAUUUUGAAAAUGUAUUUUUAUGUUGAAGGUUGUGUCAUGUAUGUAGUCAUUCCAACUAAAAGUAUUAGAGAGAUAUAACUGAAAUGUUAUGAUUUCAUUAGCUAUGUGAAUGCAUUAUUAUUUCUAGUACAUGUACACUAGAUUUUUUAAUAUGGUUUCUUUUUGUUACAUUUUUUUUUAUUGUAUACCUUAUUUUGGUAUCCUUGUUAUUAGCUGUAUUCAACUGUAUGAACGGAGCUUAUAAAUUGUGAAGCCACAAUUGCACACUGUCCACCAAGAGCAGUUUUCUUCUGACACUGCAGUAUAGACUAGUGAGGAAUUCUUGUGUGACAAUGAAAGUUUACCUCAAAGGGUAUUGCAUACAGGCGGCUUUUUUCCCCACAUCCCGUGUAAGUCAUCUGCAGAGGAUGAAGAUUGUUGACAAACUUUCAAAUUCAUCAUAUCUUUGUAAAUAUUGAAUAGACUUGAACCAUUUUGGUGCUGGUAUUAACAGUACUCUCAGAGAUUCAAUUUUCUAAAUUCUGUAGUUUGCAAUGAAUUUAAAAUCCCUCAGAUGAUCAACCGCUUAAAUAAAUGUUGUCUGUGGUCCAUUUUAACAUAACCAUGUGUUAUUAUACUGUUCAAAAUCAUCAGUGUUAAUUACAAAUUCUAUUUUCAGUAUUUAUGGUAAAUCUUCUAAAAAAUGUUAUAUUUUUUUUUGCUGAUCUCAUUUUUAUAAAGCUUUAUAAUUUUUUGGGUUUAAUUUUACUUUUAGAAUCCUGCCAAUUUUAUUUAUUGCACAUAUAAAGAGAAUGUGCUUGCUUGCAUGCUUAAAUGUUUGUAGGUUAUAUAGAAAAUGUAGUUACCUAGACUAAUAUUAGAUUUACAAAAGAAAAUAAAA